UCUCAAUGUUUUAAAUGUUCACAGGGAUUUAUGGCCAACCAAAAUCGUUCAGAUUGUGAGCCAAUUGCUACCACGGUGUUAAAUUGGCGUGAUCCCGUCAGUAUCGUAAUUUUAAGUUUUAUUCUCUUAUCGUUGUUAUUGCUCGUAUUUAUUCUUAUUGUUUAUAUCAGAUAUGAGAAUACACCCAUCGUUAAAGCAUCAAACAAGGUGAUGUCUUAUCUACAACUUUUCAGUGUCAUUUUAUUAUUUUUCCUAGCUGCAUCCUAUCAAUUUGAGGUUUCAACAAGUUUAUGCUGGCUUCAAUAUACCAUGACAGGCACUGCUUUCCCCUUAUGUAAUGCGUGCUUACUCGCUAAAACUAAACAUGUUGCGGAUGUAUUCAGUGCUAGUUCCAAUAUUAGACGAGUAAGAAAUCGAUCCAAAGGUCAAUGGUAUAAAUCACUUAUUCAAAUACUAUUUGUAUUUUCAAUCACGGCUAUCGCCAUGAUUGUUUGGUUGAUCUUUGGUAUUAUUGAUCCACCACAAGCUAUCUACGAUUAUCGAUAUGAAAAUCAAGUCUAUGUGCGUUGUACAACUCGAUUACACCUUGGAUUGGGCAUUGUAAUUGGCUAUACCCUAAUCUUAGCCACCAUUUGCACUAUAUUAGCAUGGAAGACAAGAAAAUUACCUGAUAACUUUAAUGAAGCUCGCUACGUAUUUAUUUGUUCAUUUAGUAUUUUAGUGAUUGUCGCUCUAUCAGUACCAGGUUAUUAUAGUACAGUGGGAUUAGUGCAAUCGGCGUUUGCAUCGAUAGCGGUAAUUACUUUUGGACUAGCGACAUUAUUGCUACUAUUUGUUCCUAAAGUCUACACAAUUCUAUUUAGACCUGAUUUAAAUACUAGGGAAGCUAUACUUCGUUCCAUUCAAGAAUUUAGCUUUAAUGCAGAUACACGCAUAAUAUCCAAAUCGAAUCAAACAUCACGUCGUACUAGUUUUUCU